UUCUAAUUAAAUUAGUCAUACAAUUUGUAUUUUAUACGGUUUUAUUUUACGUAUUUAUUCAAUAUGAAAUUUAAACUUUAAUUUUUAUUUCCAAAUCAUUACUCUCCGUCAUUUAAUAAUUUAUUGCAACCAGUAAAAUUUUAUUACUUACAUAUUACUGGAAAUAGUAGGUAGAAAUGACCAAUUCAAUUCUCAUGAGCAUGAUUGACCUUUUAAAAUUCAUUAAAAAAAAACCCUAUCGUUUUUAAGACUAUCGACAAACCACAUGACUAUUAAAUUAGUUGUGUAGGCUUUUUAUCAGGGAAGGGUAGCACAUGGACCCUUUAGGCAUGGAAUGACACAUAUUAUACAAAAUGACAAUUAAAAUAAACAUUGACAUGACACUCGCUAGAGUUGCGCUGCGCUCGCUCGGCAUUUAUAAGUGUACGCUGUGCAUGAAACGCGAGAAAUCGAAAAAACUUCUGCAAGUGCACGUGUUUAAAGCACACCGGGAGAAGAGAUACAGGUACAUCUGCCCGGUGUGCAGAGACACGUUCACUCGGCCCGGCAACGUGCGCCAGCACCUCGCGCGCUCGCACGGCGUGUCGCGCGCCGACCAGCCGCCCAUCGACCGCUUCCAGGUACCUUUACCUUACACCUGCAUUCCACGAGAAUAUCUUCUUUUCUUAAUGGACUUGAGGGCGGUACACAGCAGCGCAACAGAAGAUAUCUCAACGCGGGUGCUCACUUAUUUAUAG